AUGGAUAAAUAUUUGACAAAGAGGCCUAGAGUUUCAAGUGGAUCUUCUAGUAUUAGGCAAGAGUCACAAGAUCCGGACCACAUAAUUGAUAAAGAUGAAAUUGAAGCUGACCCUGGUAAACGAAGUUCAAUUGCAAAUUAUGAUGUGAAUAUUCGUGACCGAAUUCGUAGAGAGUAUGUAGCUAAAGGUCCUUGUCAACCAAAAGGUCUCGAUUUUAAAAAAACACGUCAAGGAAAAGACAAUAGAUGUUUUAGAGAUGUUUGGUACAAGGAUCGUGAUUGGCUUGAAUAUAGUGUCUUGAAUGAUGCCGCAUAUUGCUUCUAUUGUUUUCUUUUCAAGCGUGAUUCUGUGGCACCGGGGGAUGAAGCAUUUACUACUGGUGGGUUUUCUAAUUGGAAAAAAGCACUUGAAAAGUUCAAUAGUCAUGUUGGAGAUAAGAAUAGUUCACACAACAAAGCAAGAAUAGAAUAUGAAAAUUUUUUGAAUCAAAGGCAAAGUGUGACUUAUGUUGUUCGUAGAGGUAUUACAACAAAAGAAAAAGAAUACCGGAUUCGUUUGACUGCAACUGUUGAUUUUAUUCGUUUUCUUUUGAGUCAAGGUUUGCCUAUUAGGGGACAUGAUGAGUCAUCUACUUCUUUAAAUCAAGGCAAUUUUCAUGAGCGGUUAAAAUGGUAUGGUUUGAGGAAUGAUGAAGUUGGUAAAAAAGAUGUAGUUAGGGCUUGUGCAGUUGAAACAACACUUGAAAUAUUGAGAGAGCUCGAAGAUCGAUUCUUUUUUAUUAUGGUUGAUGAGUCUCGGGAUUGCUCAACAAAGGAGCAAAUGGCCAUUGUUAUAAGAUUUGUGAACGAAAAAGGAGAGAUAAUAGAAAGAUUUUUAGCCCUUGUUCAUGUUAAAGAAACUAAAUCAAUUUGUUUGAAAGAGGCUAUUGAUUCUGCAUUUGCUAAGUUUGAAUUAUCUUUGUCAAAACUGAGGGGCCAAGGAUAUGAUGGAGCAUCAAACAUGAGAGGGAAAUUCAAUGGAUUGAAAGCAUUAAUUUUAAAGGAAAAUUCAUCUGCUUGUUAUCUUGGCUUAAUUGUUGUAUUAUGUGGAUCUUCUUCCAAAAUGGCCGAUCAACUUCGACAAAAUGAACAUGAUAGACUUGUUCAAAUGUUGGAGAACAAGGAGAUUGAAACAGACUUGCUUCGUUGUAUGGCAUGUCUCAAUCCGAAAAAUGACUUCGCCGCUUUUGAUGUUGAGAAGCUUGCUCAUCUUGCUAGUCUUUAUACAAAAGAUUUCUCAUCGAAUGAACGAACAAUGUUGCUUGAAGAACUUGAACUAUUUGUUGGAGUGAUGAGAAAAGAUGACCGAUUGAUUGCAACUGCAUCCGUUGAAAAAAUAUUUUCUGAUAUGAAAAUUGUCAAGACUGAUCGACGGAACUGGAUGGGAGAUGAAUGGUUGAAUGAUAGUUUGGUGAUAUACAGUGAAAGGUCCAUCUUCACCACCGUUUCUAGUGAAAGAAUCUUGACACGUUUUCAAAAUAUGGAUACCCGUAGAAGCCAGUCAUCGCGAUUAGCGGAUGCAAGUGCUACUUGA